AUGGCGGGAGUGGCUGCUGAACCAUUCGAGCGGCGUGACCGUCUUGGUCUCGUGGGCGACGUACGAGAACGAGUAGCUGCUGGUGGUCGUCGAGUUCGACCUGAUGUCCGUUUAUGGGGACAACGCCGAGCGAAAGGUCACCUCUGCGACACCUGGCUGCGCGUCAUCCUCCACGUUGACUCGCCAGUAACCUCCAUACCAACAUCGAUGAAUCUUCAAAGUCACAAAGAAACUUUAUGGGCGAUGGCGAACGAGCGCAACGGAUUACGGACAACGUUGGAGGUUGUUCGAUACAUACACAGACAAGGGCAACUUCGAAAGGAUUCUGGGUUUGUGAAAUGCGAUUGA